CGGAGGGGCCGGUCAUGGCGGAGCCCAGCCCCGAAGAUCCGCCUCCCAACCUCAAGCCGGAGACGCAGCCUCCCGAGAAGCGCCGCCGGACGAUCGAGGAUUUCAACAAAUUCUGCAGCUUCGUCCUGGCCUACGCCGGCUACAUCCCCACCGCCAAAGAGGAGAAUGACUGGACGCCCUCGGGCUCCAACUCCCCCAUCCGCCCCGAGAGCGUGGUGGACAGCGAUGGCUGGGAGUCCACCCACUCGGACCUGCACACCAUCGAGACCUUUGUGAAGAAGGCCAAGUCCUCGAAGAAGAAAGCCGCUUUCCGCCGCCUGAAAUCCGACAGCUCGCUGCUGGAGAAAAUGAAACUCAAGGACUCCCUUUUUGACUUGGACCCUGUGGGCAAGCAGCCGCCCCCCCUCGCAGGGCCCAAAGCGAACGCCGAGAGGAAGAAAGAGAAGAGGAACCGCAAAGCCGCCCUGGAGGCAGGGGGCCCCAAGCGCAGCCGGGGGGACCCGGGGGGGGAGAAGCGCUCGCGCAUCAAAAAGAGCAAGAAGCGGAAGUUGAAAAAGGCGGAGCGCUCGGAGAAGAAGCAUAAAGCUUCGCUGAGCGAGACGGACUCGGAGGAGGACGAGACGGCGACGACGCCCCUUGCGGGGGUAGCUCUGCGGCCGGGCAGGGAGGAGGAAGGGACAGCCACGGCGCUGGUCAGUGUGCCGCCCCCCCCGGAGCUUUUGGCAGCCGGUUUCCCCAUUAAGGGUGAGGACACAGAAGGGAAGGAGGGGAUCAGCACAGAGACCAGUCAAGAUGGGGACGGCAGUUCCAGUGAAGGUGAAAUGCGGGUUAUGGACGAGGACAUCAUGGUGGAAUCAGGGGAUGAUUCGUGGGACCUCAUCACAUGUUACUGCCAGAAGCCAUUUGCCGGUCGGCCCAUGAUCGAGUGCAACCAGUGCGGCACCUGGAUCCACCUCUCGUGCGCCAAGAUCAAGAAGACCAACGUUCCUGACAUCUUCUAUUGCCAGAAGUGCAAAGAAGGCUCUCGAAAGCAGCCGCCCCCCUUGCUCCCACCGGUGGCUCCUGGGGCCGCCGCCGCCAUUGCGUCCAGGGGAGGCGGGGAGCCCUAGCCUGUCGGGGGAGGAUGGCUUUGGGCCAGGCUUCCGCCCCAGAGGGACAAAAGACUGGUCAGGGUGGAGAGUCUGUUCUGGAUUGGUAUCCAAAUGAGCCUUGGUUCUUCGGGGUAUUUGGGCUGGUGACAGACCCAGUGCUGGAGGGCAGGGGUCCUGCCCUCAAACAAGCAGCAGAUGCUGCCUGACGGUUACAUACCCCUCUCCUUAAACCCCCUCCCCCUUUGUGGGGCUGAGCCUGGCCCACCUCCCUGUUGCCGGAAGGAGGGGAAGGCAUUGCCAGGCUGGAACCAUGGAGGAGAGCGAAACUGGCCAACCAAGAAGUUCCCGUUUUGUACCUUGGGGGGUGCACAUAAUGUUGGGAAGGGGCAAGGACAGUAGAAGUGUGGGGGUAGAAGUAUCUUCAUUUUUUUUCUAGCUCUUCCCCAGCAAGGUUCACUUGUAAAUAGAAAGGUUAGGUUCUCCCCCACCCCACCCUGCUGGGAUUUUUGUCUGUUUCCCUGUUGGUAAGCUUUUUGUACACCUCCCUCCCCUUUUGAACUCAAAGUAUUUGUCUCAUUCCUCCAGAAGCAGGGCUCUAAGGCACAGGGUGAGAUUGCUGAAAGAUCCCAGUUGUGAAAGGAUCUAGGUGAAAAUGUCACUUUUUUUUUUUAAUUAAUCCUUAAGGGGUUUUUUUGUUUUUUUCUGCUUGAUAAUUUUUUUUCUUUAGUGCUCCUAGGAAAGGGGUCAGGGAUGAGACAGAAGACUGCCAAGAGUUAAUUCCUGCAAACAUUUUUUUUUGGGGGGGUGCGGAAUACUCUAGGGAGCCCCAUGUGAUUUUGGGGUGGUUUUUUUUGCUGGUCUCAAAAUAAGAAGGGACCAUUUAAUUUGAGUUUCUGAGUUGGUGGUCUGGAAGAACAGGGAGACGAAGUACUUGUGUCCAGACACAGAGCACUAGAUAGCGUUGCGAUGAAUGAAAACUGCAGAGUUGCCGCUCUAAAGCCACCAAGCUCCCUCACCAGGAUCCUCCUGGCUCGCAGAGCUCUGCUUCUGUUGCCCUCCCCCUCCGUCCCAACCUGUGCCCCGAUUGAGGUUAGUCUUUCGAUCUGUGGGGAUUUUGCUUUUGGAGGUCCCCUUCCCCAAUUCCCUUUUGCUCUAAUAUUUGCAACGGUGUACAUGGCAGAAUUUUUGAAUGUAAAUAAAAGAUGUGGACCCUUUUGGCGUUUGUA